GGAAGACUAUAUUAAUAUACAUUUCCUGAAAGUUUGUAAAAUCUGAGAGGGCUGUACAUUUAACUCCAAGAUGAUUUGGCUUUUGUUAUUUAUUGUUCAUGAAACAUCAGCUAACAAUGGCAAUACGGUCUUAAGAGAUUUGGGAGAAAAAGAGUAUUCCUUGAUAAAAGCAAAAUCAUCAUUACCACAACAUGGAAAAUGUUGGCAUGCUGCGCUCCGAACAUUGGAGAGCAAUUGUGAUAAAUUGAAUGAUCACGAACAUUCGCUUCUUGCCCUUCAACUAACAAAUUGCUUCUUAGAGGAUUCUGGUCAUGUAUCCUACAAUUGCCAUUUCAGUGAAGCAGAAGACGAGCGUCGGAAAUGCAUUGGCGACAUGACAGACCGAGCCUUUAGUGUUUACAAUGAAUUCUACACUCACGCAACUCAUAUCUGUUUCUUUUUGAAUCAUGAAGUUUGGCAAACUGAAGUUGAAAAUACCAUAAAGUUAUUGUUUCAAAUAUCUUCCCGAAUGAAGGAUCAAUUGUUAGAAGCAUCGGAAAUGCAAGGUAUAAUUUUGAACAGUCAAAAGGAGGGUUUACGUAUUCAAAACAAACUUUUAGAUCAUGGCAAGGAACUCGGAACUGUACUAAAGACUUCGUCUGAUACAGUCAGCAAUAUGGUGUCGGAUUUCAAAGAAUCGGCUAAAGAUCAGAAGGAGCUACUUUAUGAGAUCUUCUCAUAUAUACGUACUUUCCAAAGCUGGAUUAUUGGAGAAGUGUCUUGGUUUCAAUCUAUUAUAUUUUAUACUGUCAGCUGCAUUCUCUGUGCGUUAUUCAGUUCUUCUAGAAGAACGGUUGAUGCAAGAGUGGCGCUCUUUAGUAUCCUAAGUUUGAAUAUAGUGAUUGAAAGAAUACUUGUUCAAUAUUAUGAUAAGAUUAUUCUUCAAUCUCCAGAUGAUAAGGCGCACCUGCUAAGUACAACAUGGUUGUGCAGAAAAAUUGCCUUAAUAUUUUGUGCUAUAACAUUAUUCUGUACAUAUUACUAUUAUAAAGAUGGACAAUUAGAGAAUUAUAAGGCUUUACAAAGAAUCGAGCAACAGUUGAAUAUCAUACAGAAAAUUCCAAUUAUUUCCAACAUUGACCAACCAAUUCGAGCGUCAACGGAGGAGAGCCUGCAGUAUAUCAGGCAAUCCCUGAAAUCAGAAGAAAUGGAUCAUCUGGAAGGAACUCAUUUUGAUAGGCUCAUUCCGCACGUGUUUGUUACCUUUGGAGCGUCUGGUGAUCUUGCCAAGAAGAAAAUUUAUCCGACUCUUUGGUGGCUCUUCAGAGACAAUCUUUUGCCGAAACCAACCACUUUCGUCGGCUACGCUAGAAGUAAAUUGACAAUACAACAAUUACGUGAGAAAUGUCAUCCAUACAUGAAAGUGAAGUCAAACGAGGAGGAGAAGUAUGAAGAAUUUUGGAAGUUAAAUCAUUACAUCGCUGGUUCUUACGAUCAAAAGAAAGACUUUGAACAACUGAAUCGUAAAUUAGAAAAUUUUGAGGAAGGGAACACUGCGCACAGGCUAUUUUAUUUGGCGUUACCACCGAACGUGUACGAAAGCGUUACGACACGCAUUCGACUUACCUGUAUGGGAGAUAAAGGAUGGACGAGAAUUAUAAUCGAGAAACCAUUCGGUCGUGAUGCCGCCUCGUCGCAGAAACUCUCCGAUCACUUGGCGACGCUAUUCAGCGAGGAUCAAAUCUACCGUAUCGAUCACUAUCUCGGCAAAGAGAUGGUGCAGAAUCUGAUGACCUUAAGAUUUGGAAACAGAGUGUUCAACCCAACAUGGAACCGAGACAAUGUAGCCUCGGUGCAAAUCACAUUCAAAGAACCAUUCGGCACUCAGGGUCGAGGCGGCUAUUUCGACGAGUUUGGCAUCAUCAGAGAUGUGAUGCAGAACCACCUGGUGCAAAUUUUGUCCUUGGUAGCCAUGGAAAAACCUGCGUCUUGCCAUCCGGAUGAUAUCAGAGACGAGAAGGUGAAGGUUCUCAGAUGUAUCAAAAACGUGCAGCUUGAUCAGGUAGUUCUCGGUCAAUACGUCGGAGAUACAGAUGCUGAGGAUCCGGAGGCACGUUUGGGCUACUUGGAUGAUACCACAGUACCAGUCGGUUCAAACACGCCGACAUUCGCGUUCGCAGUACUAAAGAUAAACAAUGAGAGGUGGGACGGCGUACCGUUCAUCCUGAGAUGUGGAAAAGCGCUAAACGAAAGGAAAGCAGAAGUAAGAGUACAGUACCAAGAUGUACCGGGUGAUAUUUUUGAUGGAAAGGCAAAGAGAAAUGAAUUAGUGAUAAGAGUGCAACCAGGCGAAGCGUUGUACAUUAAAAUGAUGACAAAAUCACCUGGCAUAACGUUCGACAUGGAAGAAACUGAAUUGGAUUUCACUUAUGGUAGUAGAUACAAAGGCCUUAAAUUACCGGAUGCCUAUGAGAGAUUAAUUUUAGAUGUCUUUUGCGGUUCGCAAAUGCAUUUCGUGCGAAACGACGAGUUGCACGAAGCAUGGCGGAUAUUCACGCCGCUGCUUCAUCAAAUCGAAAAAGAAAAAAUUCUACCAGUUCCAUAUAAGUAUGGCUCCCGAGGACCGAAAGAAGCCGAUGAAAUGGCGAAGAAACAUAACUUCGCGUAUUAUGGUUCAUAUAAAUGGGUGAAACCGUGAAUCAAUGUCGGUGAUGAAAUUUAUCACGCAAAGUACAAAUUCGAAGAUGUCUAGAAAGUUUUAAAAUAAUAUUAUCACUGACUGUCACAUUCCAAAAAUUUUGAUAA